CCUCACUUCCGGCGGGAGCGAGUUUUCUCUCAUGCGUUUCGGAGUGGUUUAAGUUUCUUCCUCCGUGAAGCUUUCAGGCUGAGAGGAUAGAUCGUUGGAAAAGAGCGUGGUCGCGCACUCGUUUCGCUCUGGAGCUAUGAUUGAGGCAGAAGUAAACCCUAAAGCUUAUCCACUAGCCGAUGCCCAGCUCACAAAGACACUGCUGGAUCUCGUACAGCAGUCCUGCAACUACAAACAGUUACGCAAAGGAGCCAAUGAAGCCACUAAAACUUUGAACAGAGGAAUUGCUGAAUUCAUUGUGAUGGCUGCAGAUGCUGAGCCCCUUGAAAUCAUCCUGCAUCUUCCACUGCUGUGUGAGGACAAGAAUGUGCCCUACGUAUUUGUGCGCUCCAAGCAGGCCCUGGGCCGGGCAUGUGGUGUUUCUCGCCCCGUAAUUGCCUGUUCCAUUACCAUCAAAGAAGGUUCACAACUGAAGCCUCAAAUUCAAUCUGUUCAACAAGCCAUUGAGAGACUAUUAGUCUAAAUUUAUGUAGCUGCCCCAUACUAAAUUAGAGUAACUCAAGGAAAGAUGAUUGAUGUUUAUUUUGUAUCAGUUUUUUGGUUUGUCUUGUCAUUUGUACAGUAUUUACAUCUAUUAGAUUUCAGUUGUUUACCAUGUUUGCCUCUUCCUUCUGCCUGCCUCAAAGUAUUUGCUCUUUAAGUCUUCAAGAUGAAUUAAUCAUUUUAAUAAGGGUAUACUUCCGGUGAAAUCACUCUCUCCAAGUAGGAUUUAAUUAGCCUAAACUUUUUGGUAAUAAACUUGAUUUGCAGAAGCAUUUCUGGCAGAAGAUUUGGACUCUAGGAAAGAAACCGUAUCCCAGGACUGUCCAUUAUUACUCAAGUGUCGUAUGAGAAAACUGAAGGUGUAUCGUUAGGCUCUCCAAUCACUUGCCUUUAUGCAGGCUCAAAAUGGAAGCCAGGCUGUAGUAUAGCUCAAGCCAGGACCAAAAUUCUAAUCUGAUUAAAAUUUAACCCAUACAUACUCUUAGG